AUGAAAGAAGAGCAGCCUCAGCAUUUAAGCGCUGUGGAUCCAUUAGAGCCUCUCGAAGCCUCCUGCAGUCGCCAGCAGCAACAAGGCAAUAGCCCGAACAGCUCCUUGGAAGGAUCCCCACGGGGUGGCUACGAGCUACAGCAUAAUUCAGAGUAUAACAAGCAGAAAGACCCUUCGCCUGAAAAAGAUGGCGAGAAGUCUCCCGCAAUAAGUGCCAAGUACGUCGCCUACUUGGGCUGCAUUAAAGACAACUGGUCUUCUUGUCAUGCCGCAAAGCUCCUCGAUGAGGAACUCAUUGCGUACCUCCGUCCACGUUUCGUGCUGCUCUCCACGCCCCUGAAAGUCCGAGUUUUGACGUCUCUGCUGUACAUCAAGGCGGAACUGAGGGAUAAGUGCAGCGACACGUUGAGUGAGAUCACGCAGGAGGGAGAAACAGACCCAAACGAAUGGGUAAAGAAGCUCAGCCGUAUUCUCAUCCCAUAUAUAAAUAGUGGGAUGAUUGAUUUGCGAGAGACAGACACGGAGACAGCGUUUAGGAUAAUAAACUUCCUGGAUGAACAGAAAGCUUUGAAUCCCCAACAGGGGCCCUACAGGCAGAAGGCAGGACUGGAGGAGCAGCAUAUGUGCGAGCCUCAUACAGAAAUAGAGACAGCCUCCGCAGUGGCAGCAGCGGCGAGUAGCGAGGACCCCCUACAGAAUCUGCUCAAGCUACCGCAGAAGGGGGUACUGGAAAUGACCCUGUUCAACGCUAGAGACAGCUUCGACAACUUGCUCAAAGGGGUUGUGCACCGGGGAACUCAGGAACUCCGCAGGGCCCAGCGAGCGCAGCAACAGAGACAGCGGAACCAAAGUGAAGCCAGACGAGACAUAUCGGCUGUGUAG